AUGACCGUCUCCACCAAACGUCGGGCUUCCUCUUCUUCGUCCGCCGACGACUUUUCACCGUCCCCUUCCCCGGAAGCUUCGGCCUCUAGACCCACCAAGAAAGCCAACCGCUCGGGCGGUACCUCAGCACCAUCAUCAUCGCAAAAGAUCGUCCAAGUCCUCGAUGCGUCAGACCAAGCACAACACGGUCCCUCACACGCCACCUUGCCCGCACGGAUACACGGCCCCACCUAUCACAGACCUCUCCUCCUCGAUCAACCUUCCGCUAUCUCCUCCUUCCUCGAAUGGUAUCGUUCAAUAUCCUCGAAACGAGACAUGCCAUGGCGGGCACCCUACAUCGACCCUUCCUCCCACACCGCCACCGAUGACCUUCGUUCAGCACUGAAAGUCAGAGCGUACCAAGUCUGGAUAUCCGAGAUCAUGCUUCAACAGACCCGCGUCGAGACGGUCAAACAAUACUGGUUGAAUUGGAUGGCCAAGUACCCGACUAUCGAGUCUCUUGCAGCAGCUGACGAGGAGGACGUCCUCUCCUCGUGGAGGGGUUUGGGGUAUUACAGUAGAGCGACACGGAUCCAUACUGCAGCGAAAAAGGUCGUCGCCGACCGGGACAUGGAUGGGUUGUUGCCCGAAACACCCCAGGAGCUGGAGAAGAACGUUCCGGGUGUAGGACCGUACACUGCAGGUGCCAUCAGUUCGAUCGUCUUUGGAAAACCGGUGCCUAUUCUAGAUGGGAACGUGGCCAGAGUGUUGGCGAGACAGUUGGGGUUGUACUCGAAUCCAAAGGCAAAGGCGACGACGGAUUUGAUGUGGGCCGUUGCAGCGAGGUUGGUGGUCAAGGCGUACGAGGUGGAGGGGGAGAAGGGCGAGGUUCCGGGGGAGUGGAACCAGGCGUUGAUGGAGUUGGGCAGCACGGUGUGCACGCCGACCAAGCCGGGGUGUGGAGAGUGUAGGAUCAGGCCGUCGUGCAGGGCGUAUCACGAAGCUGAGGCUGAUGCAGUCAGGGGCAAGAAGAAGCAGAAGCCGGCGGAGUUGGUGGAUAUCGAAGAUCUCUGCACCUACUGCGAACCGAUACCUUUCGUCGAAGAAGAGUCACCCAACACUGCUUUACAAGACAAACCGAAUCAAAAGGCUAUCAACAAGCUUCGUCAAGCCACCCUAUCCUUCGACAUGCCCUCCUCCAAACCUAAACCGCUGCCAACAUCCUCCCCAGCUUCCACCUUGCCAAUGCAACAAGCGAUCGAAAAGCACAUCACCAAGUUCCCCAUGAAGCUGGAAAAGAAGAAGAUCCGUACCGAAACAUGUCUCGUCUGCAUCAUCCUCCGACCCUCGGGCGAAUUCUUGCUCGAACAACGACCGUCCACAGGGUUGCUCGCCAGCAUGUGGCAGUUCCCAUCGCUCACGCUCUCGACCACCUCUGCUUCCGCAUCCACCUCGGACGACACUCUGACCCUCCACCCUGACGAAUCCAUCCCCGAUCUGAUCGAUACCUUCGUCUCCUCUCUCCUUCCCAACACGGUUCCUAAAACCAAAGCGAAACUGGCUUCGAUCACGCAUCUCUUCUCGCACCUGCACCUCACGAUGCACGUCUACAAAGUUGUUCUUCCCGCCAACGCAGCCCUCGUCAAGUCUCAAAAGCAGCCGUCAGCCGCCGCGGUAGGGGAAAAGAAGAAAGACUUUGGUAGCAGCCUCGGCUGUUCCGCGUCCAGAAGAUGGGCAACCGCAGAGCAGGUGGAAGCGGAAACCAUGGGUACCGGGAUGCGAAACUGCUGGUUGACACUACAGUCGCAACAGCGGACCAAGAGAAAAUCAUAG